UACACAUAUACAUGCCUUGAAAAAAAAAGACUUGUGCAAAGCGGCUACUCUCUCUUCAUCUCAAGCUGGCCCAGCGAGCCUGCGGAUACAGGAAGGAGAGGAAAAAUAAGCAGCCUGGUACUGCUGUGUAUAUUGGUAAUCGUUGUGCCAGCACUUUUGUCGACAGUCAGCCAAUUCGAUAUUUCCGAAUACAUUUAUGGAAUAGAUCAUGAUUUGCAAGCGAGAGCACGUUCGGCCAUCGAGGCGGAGAGAUUCGCCUAUCGAUCGCAGGUGAACAAGUUACAGCCGGUGAACGCAACAUGCAGAGUCCGGUCAGAAAGACCCUGUCCACCGAGUAAGUACAGAACGCCUUCCGGUGCUUGCAACAAUGUGAGACAUCCCGCCUGGGGUGCCAGAGGCUCCCCGUUCCUCAAGUUACUACCAUCGGAGUAUUCGGACGGCCUCUCGAGACCACGUCAGUCGAUGGGUACUCACAGUCUACCUGCACCGAGCGACGUCGUCUCCAGGAUCCUGACGUCCACCUCGAAGGUAGGAAGCCACGAGGGCUUGACUAGUCUGUCCGGGAUCUGGUCGGAGCUGGUGCUCCAGGAUAUCGCCGCCACCGUACGCUCCUUGGGUCCCGAGGAUAAAUGCUGCUCCGAGACGCAGCAGCAGCAGCAGCAGCAGCAUCCGGAGUGCUACGAGAUGCGCGACGAAAGAUUCGGCUGCAGAGCCUACUGGCGAUCGGUGCCGAGUUUAACGGUGCACGGAUGUCAGUUCGAGACGAGGGAGCAGAUGAACGGCGUCUCGGCCUAUCUGGACGGUUCCGGUAUCUACGGCGCGACCGACGACAAGGUGCAUCUGCUUAGGACGUACGACGACGGCAAGGUCAAUCUGAGCGCCUGCGAGCUGUGCAACCAAGCUGAACAAGAUGUGCUCGGUUCGCUGCAUCGGGUAUUCCUAAGCGAACAUAAUCGCGUGGCGGAGAAGCUGGCGGAGGCAAACGUGCACUGGGACGACACGAAGAUUUUUCUGGAGGCACGUCGCAUCGUCGUCGCUCAACUUCAGCAUGUCACCCUCAACGAGUACGUGCCGGCAAUAUUGGGGGAGGCGCAGAUCGAUCACGCAGAUCUCAGACCGCUCGCGAACGGCUUCUACACUGGUUACUCCUCGUCCAACAAAGCUGGUACAUACGAUGCAAUCGCCCUGGCGGCUUUACGCGCUCUUGUAUGGACGCGCUCCAAUAAAAGCGGAGAUCUCCCGGCUCACUUCAUUUAUUCUGCAAAUGGCGUUGGUCUCGCAGCCGCCCCGGACGCAGCCGCCUGGUCCAUACAUGUCGCACGAGAUCACGGAGUACCUGGAUAUGUCAAAUUCUUGACUGAAUGUUUGGGAGAAAACGUUAAGAUCGAAAACUUCACGAAUCUAGCGAGAGUAAUGCGACCCGAGCACGCGCAGCAGUUAAGUACGAUUUACGCGAAUCUGGAGGACGUGGAUCUUCUCGUGGGUGGUAUUCUGGAGACUCCGGUCGCAGGCGUCGCUGUGGGUCCAACGUUCGCGUGUCUUCUCAAGAAGCAGUUUCUGACAAUGAGAAAUUCCGACCGCUUCUGGUACGAGAACGACAUCCCGCCAUCGGGUUUGACGGCGACGCAGCUGGCCGAGAUCAGGAAGAUGUCUCUCGCAAACAUUCUGUGCGCCAACACCAACCUCCGCAGAAUUCGCUUUCAACCGAGGCUCUUCAUUCAACAGGACCAAUAUCUGAACAACAGGAUUUACUGCGAGCAGUAUGAAGCACUGAACGUCGCGGCAUGGGCCGAAGAACCGUUGUCGUUCUCCACGGUGCAAUAUAACUCGAUAAGCAUGAGUACGCGCGAGCCGAAGCAACUUUUGCCGGAGAUCAGUCCGGAGUUGCUCGCCGCCGCGGUGAAGAGAGCGGAGGAGGAGCUAAUCGAGCGGAAGCAAUUGGAGUACAAUGCCUGGCUGGAGCAAAAAAUCGCCGAUCCGAAAUCGGCCGCCGGCACGGCGGCCAGCUUUUCUAAAGCCAACAAAGACGCUCUGCUGCUCGCCAAUUCAUCCAUCAUGUACGAAUUGGCCACGAACGAGAUCCUGAAUGGCGUGCACGGUCUCCGACGCAGGAGGCGCCAAGUCUUCGAGAAUACGGAGAACAUCCUGGGUUUCCCCAACUCGAACGAAUUCUCCGAUUUGCUGCAGAACGUCGACAUCUCCGGCUUCCUGAAUCAUCAUCACAAACCGACGAAUCACGAGGAGGUCCACUGUCCCGUGGAUGACUCCCCGUGUGAUCCAACUACGCCCUACCGAACUCUAUCGGGUCACUGCAACAAUCUGCGUAAUCCUAGCCUGGGCAAGUCGCUGACGACUUUUGCUCGCCUGCUGCCGCCUGCUUACGAGGACAACGUUUCCAAGCCGAGAAGCACUUCCGUCACCGGUGCACCUUUGCCGAACCCCCGUGUGGUCUCCACCGUCAUUCAUCCUGACAUAUCAAACUUGCAUAAUCGUUAUACUUUGAUGGUGAUGCAGUUUGCACAGUUUCUGGAUCACGACCUGACGAUGACACCCAUACACAAAGGCUUUCAGGAAUCGAUUCCCAGCUGUCGAUCCUGCGACUCGCCGCGUACCGUUCAUCCCGAGUGCAAUCCGUUCCCUGUGCCACCGGGUGAUCAUUUUUAUCCCACUGUGAACGUCUCGUCUGGUGCACGAAUGUGCUUCCCGUCGAUGCGAUCGCUGCCGGGUCAGCAGCACCUGGGCCCGCGCGAACAGGUGAAUCAGAAUACUGGUUUCUUAGACGCAUCAGUGGUCUACGGUGAGAAUUCGUGUAUCUGCAAUAUUCUGCGUGGCUUCAAUGGACGCAUGAACGUCACGGCGAAUUCAGGUCGUGGCAGAGACCUGCUGCCACAGUCGGCAACGCAUCCGGAAUGCAAGGCCCAAUCAGGGUACUGCUUCAUCGGUGGUGACGGCCGUGCUUCAGAGCAACCGGCGUUGGCGGUUAUGCAUACCAUGUGGGUGCGCGAGCACAAUCGCGUGAUGGAUGGUUUGCGCCAGGUGAAUCUCCACUGGGACGGUGAAAAACUGUUCCAAGAGACACGACGCAUCAUCAGUGCCAUGCUGCAGCACAUCACAUAUAAUGAGUUUCUACCCAGGAUCCUCGGCUGGAACGCCGUUAGUCUGUAUGGCCUUAAAUUAUUGCCCCAAGGCUAUUACAAGGAAUACUCGCCCACUUGCAAUCCCAGUGUCCUCAAUGAAUUCGCGACCGCAGCCUUCCGGAUCGGUCACUCAUUGCUGCGACCGCACUUGCCGCGCAUGGAUCGCAACUAUCAGAACAUCGAUCCGCCCAUCUUGCUGCGUGACGGAUUUUUCAAUCCGGACAUGCUCUAUCAGGAGAAUAUGAUCGAUGAGAUGAUACGCGGCUUAGUAACCACGCCGAUGGAGACGUUGGACCAAUUCAUCACUGGCGAGGUGACGAAUCACCUAUUCGAGCAACGUGGUAUCCCACACUCCGGCGUGGAUUUAAUAGCCUUGAACAUUCACCGAGCCCGCGAUCACGGGCUGCCGUCGUACAAUCACUACAGAGCGCUCUGCAAUUUGAAGAAGGCUACCACGUUCGAGGAUUUGUCCAGGGAAAUGGCGCCGGAAGUGAUAGCUCGUAUGAAACGCAUAUACGCCUCCGUGGACGAUAUCGAUCUGUUUCCAGGCGGUAUGAGCGAGCGGCCGCUUCAGGGUGGCCUAGUCGGACCCACCUUCGCCUGUAUCAUCGCCAUUCAGUUUAGACAAUCGAGGAAGUGCGAUCGUUUCUGGUACGAGACCGACGAUCCAAAUAUCCGCUUUACCGAGCAUCAGAUGGCAGAGCUCCGGAAGACCACUCUGGCCAAGGUGAUGUGUGAGAACAUGGACCACCAGACGGACAUGCAGAGAGCGGCAUUCGAUCUACCUAGUAACUUCUUAAAUCCACGUGUACCCUGCAGUUCCAUGCCCCACAUGGAUUUCGCUGCCUGGCGAGAAACCAGACAUGGCUGUCAGAUCGGCGGUAGAAAUGUCGCCGUCGGCGAAUCUGGUUUCCCUACGCCUUGUACCAGCUGCGUCUGCACCGCCGAAGGCACGCAAUGCGCUUCAUUGAGAGUCACGGAUUGCAAUCAACUUCUACGAGAAGCUUCUCGAGAAGCGAUUUUACGGGAUGAUGUCUGCACCGCUCAAUGUGGUUUCGUGUUGGCAGCCUCGGAGAGCAACGCGAGGCUACAACAGUUCACUACACCCAGCGGCUCAGGUUUCUCUGGUUUUCCAACACAUACGAAUAAUCUGAGAAGUUUAUCGACGCCAGUCUCAUUCAACGGCUUCAAGUUGCCCGAUCUCUCGCAAUUUAUUGGUUGAAUCAAAAGAGAUAGGAAGACUUAAAAUUCAUAACUCUUUGUUUACUGAUUAUUGUAUUGUAUGCAGGAAACACACUGCCUUUACUUCAAGAGACUGUACGACAAACGCGAUCCCAAAAUUUCAUAACCGGUUGGUCGUGCUCAAGCUCAAUACUAUAAAGAAUAAACAAAUACAGCGGACAGAGACAAGGAGACAGUAAGCAUAUUUUGAAUAUAUGCAUGACAUAAAAGAAAGAUAAAAGAAAGAGUACCUGUCGGCAUGUAAAUAUAGAUGAUAAGGCGCAUGUAUUUAGUUCACUGAAAAAGAACGAGAUCGCAUCGUCGAAAAAACAAAGGAGAGCGGAAAGACAUGCGAACGGGAUACGCGAACUUCUUGAAUUAGAGGAAGUAGUGAUGGUUUUAAAAUAUAAUUUCGAAUACGAUGAAAGCUUCUUCUCAACGAACUUUUGAAUAUUAUUCGAAA